AUGCGUUUAUUUCCACCUAUCAACCGGACAACUUUGGAUAGUUUUCACAGGGAUGUAUAUAGACCAAGAUUGUCUUUAUUGUUAUUGAUCUUGUUACUAAUCCUUGGACAGCAACAUCAGCAUGAACAAGCACAAAAUCGACAAUUAAAUCAACCAGUCGAUACAAAGAUAUCUACAGCUAAGGCCAUAAGAGACGAUCAUGGAAAGCUGAAGGUGACGCAAUUCACUGGCUCAGACGGAGGACUCAUUGGACAGCUUGCGCCUCUUUUAGACCAGCUUCCAGAUCGGAUGAGGUUGGAUAAAUCGACAUUUGCUAUCCGGUGGGCCAAGAAAGCAGGUGAGCUGACAUGGAAAGGCAUGAGUCAAGACACACCAAAAGCAACAGAAGCAGUCGCACUUGACAAGACGCAAGCUGAUCACAUCAAAAAGUCACUAAGGGAUAGAUUAGCCUCUGGAAAGCGAUCAAGUAAACCCGCUUUCUCAAGCCCACUUCGAAGGUCGAAAGGAGGAAAGAAGAAAGAACAGACUUAUCGUUCACUACUGGCGAAGGUGUUGAAUGCAGAUGCACUUUCAGCUUUGGUGUCGUUACAUCUACUGUGGGCCAUUCGCUUGGGAUCAAUGAUGCUGGAAGAUAGGCUUGGCAAGGAUAAUACAUCUGCGCCAUCAAAUCUUUCCUCAUCUCAAUCCUAUAUGUUCCUGAUCGGAUCGGCAUUUCUAGCGCUUCUAUCGAGCUUCUUCUCGUGGUCUACAGUCUUUCAGAGAUGGGGUAUCAUACGGCCUCCCACACAUACAACUCCAGCAAUUGCGAUUCAAAUCUUGACUUUGCUCGAAUUAUCGGCCACGUUUGUAUCUUUCCUGCCGCCUUUAUUUCGAAUGAGAACAUCGCCUCUAGCCCAAGUCCUGCCACGCAAGAUUUCUCUUCCAUCUCCGUCUCACAGUCCAUCUUUGCUUGACUUGCUCCCGAUCCCGGCUGGCUUGAUAGAAGCCUUUAAAGCACCACGAGAAGAUACGAUGACAUAUAGCAGGAGACGCAUGGGAAACCAAUGGCAUGGGGGAGGCAGGCACAUGAUCGCAGCGCCGCUACCGGGUAUCAACGCUGGUGAUCUGACGGGAGCAGGAGCGGAAAAUGCAACCGGUACUGAUCAACCUCCUCCCAACACUCAACAACGUCAAAGGAGUGGCAUAGCAGAACCUUUACGGAUGCCAAGAGCAAAUGCUGGAAAAGCGCCAAGGAUGAAAGGUAUGCGUGUCAAUGUUGAUUCGAGUUGGUUGCUGGAGAAUGUAGUCAUUCUUUAUGGACAUGCGAUUGGGGCGAUUCAAUAUAUCGUCGUGAUUGUUUCACUUCCUACCUUUACGCCGACUUCUUUUCCUUCUCUGCUUUCUUUGUUAUCUCUUCGUUCUGCGCUCGGGUCCGUAGUCAUGACAUGGUGUUCAGCUCGCAGGUCGGUAGAAUGUCUCGAAUUCGUACAAAGGAGAUGGUCACAACAAGAGUCACCGCCGGACGAGAAAGUUGAACAAUCUUCAUCGCUUGCUGGGGCUGGUUCGGUUUGUUCAAUGUGUUUCGAGAUUGUUGAUGAAACGGAAGAUCCAGAAGAUUGUUGUACUUUGGACUGCGGACAUCAAUUACACUCUGUUUGUUUGGUUCAAUGGCUCACCAAACAAGCUUUCUGUCCUUGUUGUCAUUCCACGUUAAAAGCAACGCCUCCUUCGAUGCGAACUGCAGCCGAGACAGCAGCUUCGGUUACGUGA